AUGGCAAAAUUAUCCUUAAUGUUCAUCGUAUCGUGGGCCCUCUACACCGUUCAGACCUACAACUCUUGGGCUGAAAAUUACAACGGCCAAGGAGCUCGCAAGACAUCGAUCGACGGCUAUUUGAACUACAUGGACAAACACGAACACUAUGGUGCUCAGCAACGUGAGCAUCCGUACAGCGAACCACUCGGCACUCUUCCAGACAACAAAUACAAAGAGUUCAACCACGAUGAAGUACGAAUGCCGGUCAGGUACUUCCACCAUUUUGGAAUAAGAAAAGUUCCAGGUGAAUAUACCGACUACGACGAUAACGACGACACAGAGGACGGUGAAGAAAUAACUGCUGAGAAGAGAUCUAAAGUGAGGCCAAUUGUUAUUCCUCUCGUUUAUAGUAACUCAAAGAGAGGACCUGGAAACUGCAUCAACAACUGUCUGAAAAGGUUGAUGACGUUCUCCAGAUGUAGAAGUCUCUGUAUAUGA